AAUGACAGCCCAGCUCACUGAGGUUUUGAGAGGGUGACUGCUUACUGUUGGCUCAGUGCUGACAGUGGUUAUCACUCAAAAGCAAACCUCCCCUUUCGCUCUUUCUUCCUCCUUCUUCGAAAUACAGAAGAAUUGAUUCCAGCGCCGCUUAUCUGGAUGAAUUACUUUGUCUUAGUGGCGUGCCAAGAAUUCAAGAGAGAGAGAGGGGAAGGGGGAAACUCUCCAGGAUAUAACUUGUAGAAAAAAAACGCCGAGGGGCUGUGAAUAUACUUCCUGUGUUUGACAGGAGGAUGGGGGGAAGCCUUCAAACUUAAGCCCACCGUUUCGUCUUUCCCUUGCAGCUAUUCGUUUUAAAGGGGGAGGGGACCCGUAUUUUGUUUUCCGGCCCCUUUUUUGAGAGAUUUACCGAGGAUUCGGAAGAGGCACCAGUUUGGACCAUUCUGCCAAAGAUGUGUGAUAUGAUUUCAGAGCAGUCGACUGAGAAAAUCGGCAGAAUGAAAAAGUUGAGAAGAACUUUGUCUGAAAGUUUUAGUCGUUUGGCCUUGAAGAAAGAUGACAAUAACUUUGAUGAGAUAUGCGUCGCAAAGAUGUCCACACACAAUUCUCAGGCCGUCGAUUCAGUCAUCAAACCGCUGGACACCAUUCCUGAGGAUAGAAAAGUCAGGGUGCAAAGGACACAGAGCAGUUUUGAUCCAUUUGAGAAACCAACAAGCCAAGUGAAGAGGGUUCAUUCUGAGAACAAUGCUUGCAUAAACACCAAGUGUUCAUCUGGUGGUAAAGAAUCUCCAAAAUUGAGACGACACUCCAGUCCCAGUUCCCCAACGAGCCCUAAAUUUGGAAAAGCUGACUCGUAUGAAAAAUUAGAAAAACUAGGCGAAGGGUCCUAUGCCACAGUGUAUAAAGGAAAAAGCAAAGUGCAUGGGAAGUUGGUAGCUUUAAAGGUCAUCAGGCUACAAGAAGAGGAAGGAACCCCAUUCACAGCAAUACGAGAAGCUUCCUUGUUGAAAGGGCUGAAACAUACUAACAUAGUUCUGCUCCAUGAUAUCAUUCAUACCAAGGAGACCCUGACCCUUGUAUUUGAAUAUGUGCAUACAGACCUAUGUCAAUACAUGGACAAACACCCAGGGGGAUUACUUCCAGAUAAUGUGAAGCUCUUCUUGUUUCAGUUGCUGCGGGGCCUAUCCUACAUUCAUCAACGAUAUAUCCUGCACAGAGACCUGAAGCCUCAGAACUUGCUCAUCAGUGAUAAUGGAGAAUUGAAAUUGGCAGAUUUUGGACUUGCCCGAGCUAAGUCCGUACCCAGCCACACGUAUUCCAAUGAGGUGGUUACCCUAUGGUACAGACCUCCAGAUGUCCUCCUGGGUUCCACAGAGUACUCCACCUGCCUCGACAUGUGGGGUGUGGGCUGUAUUUUUGUUGAAAUGAUUCAAGGAGUUGCUGCUUUUCCAGGAAUGAAGGAUGUUCAGGAUCAACUAGAACGAAUAUUUUUGGUUUUGGGCACUCCAACGGAGGAAACCUGGCCUGGUGUUCACUCUUUACCACAUUUGAAAACAGAUCGUUUCACACAGUACAGUUCUAAAAAACUUCGACAUGCGUGGAAUAAACUAGAUUAUGUGCCCCAUGCUGAAGAUCUUGCCUCAAAGCUUCUCCAGUGCUUUCCAAAAAACAGACUGUCGGCUCACGCUGCCCUGAACCAUGAGUACUUCAGUGAUCUUCCUCCACGGCUUUGGGAACUCUCAGACAUGUGCUCUGUUUUCUCGGUGCCCAGUGUGAAGCUGCAGCCUGAGAUAGGUGACAGUUCAAAGGUUUAUGGAAGAAGUGGCAAUCAUGGUAAAAGUUUUUUGAACCACAAGCACUGAGGAAUUAUUGUCCUUGCCUACAGUACAAAGGUUAACUCCAUCGCCUGUUCCAAAGAGCAGCUAAAGAAGCAGAAGAGCAAAGGAAUUCAAGAACCUAUUCUCCUGUUGUUACGGUCAUGUUAGCAAAUGGCUGCUGUUUUUGUUACAAUUCUUUACAUUAGCAUUGUGUGGGAUUAUGUGUGCUUGUACUCUGAAUUUGACAUAUUGAAUGCUAAACCACGGCAUGCAAGAACCACCUUGUUUUUUUUUAAGUAGUUUGUUUAGAGAUCCACUUUGCUGAUAAAUGAUCCGUGCUGCUUUACAGGCUCUUGUCUGUCAGUCUUUUGAUUUUCUAUACUAGGGUAGCAUUUUUGUAAAGCUCAUUCAGAUUUCAUUGAAAUGCUGAAGAUUUUUUUUUGAAACUUUCAUGGGCAUGCCAGGAAAUCCUCUGAUGUCAGGAUUACAAAGCAAUCAACAGUGGCAUGAAAGACGUUGCAUAUGUUUUACAAAAAUCAGCAUACUUUUGUAUACAAUUGAAAUGAAAUAGCUAGUGAACCACUGUGAACAUUUCUGACAGUGCUCCAGCUGGGAUCUUGCAAGGAACAUAGAGAGAGAGUCAUAGAGAUAGAUAAAUCCACAGCGGAUGGGGUGAGCUGCAGUGUUUAAAAUGGUUUGUACUAUCACGAGGAUCAUCUGCUUAGUUUUUUUGGAAGAAUACAAAAACCAUGUAAAUAAUGAAACCUCGUUAGUUCCGAUUAAGUCGGGCGUUAGAAUUAUGCCCCAAUUCUUUGUCAGUUCAGACCUUGGAAAAGAAACAUUGCAGUGUGUCUAUUCAGGUUAAAGACUCUGGAGUGACUCAUUUGAGAAACAGAGUUAAAACGUAUGAGGUUUGCAACACUCUGUUUAGCAGGAACCAGUGGGUUCUUCAAAUACUGUUUUUGUCCUUCUAAUUUUGUGGCCUCAGACCAUCUAUUUUGUACAGUAUUGGCAACAACCCUGACCGAAUUCUAAUAUAAAGAUAAAUGUGUAACACACAAAAAAAUUUACACUUACUAUUACCCUUGACUAAAAUUUCUGCUUAGUUCAUAGUGAAAUUAUAAACGUAUUCAUUGCACACACCCUCAUGAUCUCACUGUAACUAUCAACAGAUACCUUCACCUACCACAUUUUUAUUGUCCUAAUUUUUAUUCACAGCAUUUCAUGUCUCUGCCUACUGUUGUGACCAUUGUUUUCUUUUGUCACUCAUAGGCUCUUGGUUACUAUUUUCUCUCAUGAAAUGUAAGGGAUUAUGUUCAGUUGAGCUCAAAUACAUUUAAUUCUGCAACACAAUAACAGUUGCAUUUUAUUUUCUUUCAACCCUUCUGGAAAAAAGUCCUAUUUUAUUGUUCUGUCCAGCCAAGAAAAGAAUAAGCGUUAACAUUCUGGAAUAUUCAUUCAUUGCAACAACAAAAUUGAAGUCUGUAGAAUAAGCAUUGCAUAAAUUAUACAUUAAAUAUACACAAACCUAUUGUGGUUUGUUGCUUAUCAACCAGGAAGGGGGGGGGGAAGUACAGAUGGACCUUGGACUAUUCCAAAUUGUUAUUAAAAAUGCUUUUGUUUAGUUCAAAGAUUAGAAGGAAGAGAGAUGGAUGUAAUAUUUUUUCCCAUUUUAAUUAAACAACAUAAAUGUGGGAUCUUUUCAGGUUUUCCAAUUAAUCUCAAUUAAUAAUCCAGUUUUAUUUUUAUAAUUCCAUUAUGUUUCGAUCAGCGUUCCUCUUUCCAUGAUCUUUUUCAGCAUAAUAUUGCAGGCUGUCUACUUAGUACUGACCUUUGUUUUUAAGAGACACCUAAAUGUGAAAAGAGCGUACAUGCUUACAUUCAAUGUUAUGAAUGAUAACUUUCAAUAUUGUAUAUGUCAUUAAGGACUGAUAUUUAAGUUGAACUGUUGGCUUAAUUUGCUUAUAUAUCUUGUGAGAAAUUAAAAGAUGUCACAAUGAUUAAAUUUAGAUUCAGUCCUUCCUGACAAACAUUAUUGUGGGAGUUAAAGUAAAAAUCUACUUUGCAGUUUUUACAUUGUGUAAUAUGAUGACGUCAAUUUGUAAUGUUUGACUUCACCUUCACUCUGUCAGCAGUUUCAUAUGCAUAACUGCCAAUCUGACCAUACCUUUGAUUGUACGUUUAUUUUGGUUGCGUCAAUUUCUAACAGUUAUUUGAAUGAACAAAUCUCAGAGCACAUUUUGCUGAUGCAACUUACUAUUAGUUACAUAUGAGGGUCUUGAAAUAUUAGUAUUCAAAUGUUUUUAAAAUAAAGUUAGGAGGCAAAAAUGUUUAAGAAAUAUCUUUUGAAGGUUUUUUUUUAAAAAGCCUGUUAAUAUAGAUCUGUCUCUUCAAGGUCAUUAUUAAUGGUGAAUUAUGCAUUUACAAUACUUCUUUGCAAUUUGACCCCAUACAAUGUGUAUGUGAGAUUAAUUUCAUGAAUACGUUUUCUGUAAGUUUUAAAACCAACUGAGAAAAACAAGCAAAUUGACCUGUACUGUAGCAUAGUUACUUUGUAAGAGUGGUUGUGAUAUUUGAUUGAAGUGUGCUCUUUUUAUUUAUCAAUCUUGAUUUUUCUAUAAAAUAGUUUGCACUGUGUUUUGCUGACUUUACAAUCACUGAAAUAUACAGCUUAGAAUUUUAAAGGAAUUUAAUGGUGCACUGGGUACUUCAAUUAUGUCGGUACUUGCACAAGAAAGCAAACUCUAGGAGUUAGAAACUUUGGAAAUAUAUUAUGAAGUGAACACAUUUAUUAACUGUUUUUGUAAAUAUUAUUUUACGUGCUUUUGCAGUGAUACUACGUUGGGCAUACAAUAUUAUUUUUGAGGUUUUAAUGUCACAUCAACAGAUGUUAAUGAGCUUUAUUUGAUAAAUAAUUCUUGGUUGACUAAAAUUUGGUACUAGCAAGAAUGCAGAAAAAUGUAAGCAGUCACUGUGCAGCUUGUGUGAUAAUCAGUCCAGUUCAUCUGUUCGCUUCAUUUGUCCGUAUCAUGGAAUGUGCAGUCUCAUAUAUUAAACUGCUAAAAUGUCCUGUGAAUAUUUAUUUUUUGUAACAUUUUAAAGAAAUAUGUUCCCUGUCAAGUCUUUACAAAAGAGUUGAGAAAAGGAUGACACUGUUCAUCUCAAGUUUAAUGAUAGUUCAGUGAUUGAGAUAACCCAGUAUGUAUGGUAUCUCAAUUUUGAACGUCUCCCCAUAGACAUUUAUAUUAAGAUCAUCAUAUAUUUAUGUUGUACUGUCUUGUAAAUUCCUUGAGCACACAGGUAAAGGCAAGUAUCCCCAAUAUGCAUCUGUGAUGUGGUGUUCAAGAAAAAUGCACAAGUAUGCUUCAGUUAUUGGGGUUUUUUUGUAUGAUGCAUCUCUCCAAUCCAUCUCCUUAACAUUCUGUAGUUUGGUACAGAGACAAAAAUAUUCAUGAAAUACAAACAAAUGACCAACAUUAAAACAAAAUCUAGAAUGUAGUAACAGUAUAAAUGUUGCAUUGUUUGUUACAAAUUAUAUGUAAUGUACUAUUACAGACGUAUUAAUGGUAUGUCCUUCUGUAACUGUUGGUUUCUUGGUACAUGGAAAUAAAAUACAUCUGUAUUUUAAA